AAAAUAUUUAAAUUCAUAAAUUUUAUGAUUGUACGUUUGACGAGGGUUUAGUUCAAAUUCAAUACAAGAGAUAACGGUGUUUUCAUCUCGGUAUCACUUAUCUGCCGGGUGUUUCAAACGGUUAAGAUAAUAAAAACAAAUUCCAAAAUCCUGCACAGAAUCUAAAGCAAGAAUCUAAAGCAUGAAAUGAAUAAGAAUAACCAUAAAUGUACAUUCUGCGCAAAAUAGACAACUCCUUCAUCAUCAAUAAUUAUCCUAGUUGAACUGUUGACAUCCAGAGAGCAAUUCUACAUGCUCUACAUGAAAGUCAAUAUUUUAUCACCUAGUCUUCUGCCGAUGCAUUUGACCCGCGUGCUACUAUGUAUCACACGCACACUCGUUCAUUACUCCAGAUAUGCCGCGUUCUGCUCCCCAGUAUUGCCAGCUACACGACGACGCACUGUCCAACCAUUGGUCGAUACGGCGUUGGCAGUUGGCAUUAAACGUCACCAACAGUAAAGCCCACACCUUGAAGCGAUACUGCGAUAACACACUAGCCGCCUAUCGCCUAUCGUACGAUGAUAGAGCACCAUCGUGAAGCCGCACAUCUGUACAUGGGGGUAAAACCGUGCCAACGUCAGCCAGUUCAUUCGCGAACCCUCGUCUAACUUGCAGUGUUUUUGUCGCUGUGCUACACUAUUCCCGGCAAACGUGCGUGCAUUUUGCAAUGCCACAACAAAAGCGUGUCCGAUUUAAGGAGGACGAGCUACAGGUUAAGAAUCUGCACCAGCUCGACAGUGCUGCGGUCUAUGGUGCGCUGUUGGUUGUGAUUGGCUGUGGUCUGGUGACGAGUUAUUUAGCUACAAAGCUCCCACCAGCGUUAACGGUGGCGGAUCUCGAACGUUCGCCGAAUGCAUUCAUUGCUGAGCGAGCAUGGGCUAGUCUGAAGACGCUCAACGACAUGGGACCCAAACCGGCCGGCAGUCAAACGAACGAAGUGAUGGCUUACGAGUUUCUGCUGAAUGAGGUACAACGCAUCGAAGCUUCAAAGCACGCCAAUCAACAGUUCGAACUGGACAGCCAGACUGUGACCGGUGCAUUUAGCAUCUCUUUGCUAAACCAAUCAAUGUCCAGCAUGUACCGGAACGUGCAGAACCUUGUGGUGCGGUUGGUGGGUAACGAUCCUCGUCAGGCUUUACUGCUCAACUGUCACUUUGAUACGGUGGCAAGCAGUCCAGGGGCUAGUGACGAUGGUUCCAGCUGUGCCGUGAUGUUGGAGAUUCUACGUGUAAUGUCUCACCAACCAGUCCGUACACGGCACACGGUACUGUUCCUGUUCAAUGGUGCCGAAGAGACGAUGCUGCAAGCGGCCCAUGGUUUCAUCACGCAGCAUCCGUGGGCGGCGCAGGUACGAGCCUUUCUUAAUCUCGAAUCGUCUGGUUCCGGUGGAAAGGAGGUACUGUUCCAGGCUGGUCCACAUCAUCCUUGGCUAAUUAAAGCAUACGCACGCGCCAUACGUCAUCCGUUCGCGCACACCGUUGGGGAGGAAAUAUUCCAGCUCGGAUUGAUCCCAUCCGAUACGGAUUUCCGAAUGUUUCGUGAUUACGGCGAAGUACCGGGAAUGGAUUUUGCCCACAUCGCUAACGGGUACCGGUACCAUACGCGUUACGACUCAAUGGACUUCCUUUCGCUCGAAGUACUUCAGCGCACCGGGGACAAUGUGCUAGCACUAACGCGUGAUUUGGCCGAUUGUGAUGAGCUAGCAUCCUCCGAACUACCCAUCGGUGAAACUGUUUUCUUCGACUUUAUUGGGCUGAUGUUUGUGCACUACACCGCCGCCAAUGGCCGGCUGAUCAAUCUGACCGUUGCAUUGCUCUCCAUCAUUGUACCUUUAGUCGGCUUUUCCCGGAUGCGCUACGGCGAUGUUUUUCGUGAAGUUACCUUCGGACUGGUCGGCACUGUAAUAGGGACAAUAUUUAGUAUCAUUGCAUCUACGACUGUGGCACGCCAAAUGGAUUUUAUCGGCAAAAGUAUGACGUGGUACACAAACACCCAUUUGAUACUGGGUCUUUACUGUUGUCCUGCACUGUUGGCGCAUUGUUUCGUUUACCUCUUUCUUACGACAUUCUACACUAACAGCAAGAGCGAUCUAUCGCUGGGCCAAAUGACCCAGGCACGGUUGGUGGGAGUAAAUGUGUUCUGGAGCUUCGUUACAUUAGCGGCCACCAGUGCCGGCUAUCGUAGUGGCUACAUUCCCAUGGUGCUGCUUGCCUGUUCCCUUGCAUCGUCCACGGCGAACAUCAUCCUAAAUGCGGGUCGAACGCAGCGUCGUUGGAUCUACGUGCAUCUUACCUUCCAACUGCCCGCACUGCUAUGGUCAACCAAUUUCUACAACGUUCUCGUACAGCUGUUCGUACCAAUCACGGGCCGCUUCGGAGGAUCGCGCAAUCCAGAAGUGUUUAUCGCGCUGCUGGCAGCCGCCGGAACGCUACUGUGCUGCAGCUAUCUGAUUCCCUUUAUCGCCCAGCUGCGACAAAUGGUGAAUUUCACCGCUAAACUAUCGGCCAUCACUGUGUUUGCGCUCGCAUUGGCAUGUUUAAGCCCGCUUGGGUUUCCUUAUAGGGACGAAAGCAUGGCCUCGGAACCAACGCCCCAACGGCACUAUGUUACACACACCAUCCGUUUGUUUCAUGAUGAAUUAGGACUGUACAAGAGUUCCGACGCUGGGUACUUUUUCCAGGAGAUGGAUAGAAAUACCCGUGCAACGAUUGAAGAAUACGUCGCGCCCGGUGAAACGCUUACCCCGAUGCGACAGAUGGAUUCGUGUCGAAACGAACUAUUCUGCGCGUUACCGUUCUACUCCUUGUGGCACCAAAUGCGAUUCAAUAACUAUUGGCUACCGGGGCCAGAACCACUCUACGAUAAUAUGGUCACAAUGGCUUAUCUAGGAACGGAGCAGCUCGACUCACAAACGCAACGUUUGUCGUUUUCCAUGGAAGGAAGUAUACAAUCGUCAAUCAUUGUUGGACCGAAGGAGGGCGUACAAUUGAUCGGAUGGUCGGUACUGGACCAUGUGCCAGCUCCAGCAAAAUUCAGCGGGCGCGAUGGACACUUUCUCUUCAUUACGCACGGCCUUCCGGGGAAGGCGUGGAACAUGACUCUCGAUAUGCGGUACGAUCAACCGAAGGCUACCGGCGAUCUGGUUGAUAUUGUUGUUAACACCAAGUUCUGGGAGUAUCAGCACAUGCACACGCCUGAUUUCGAGCAGCUGUUGGCAAGGUUCCCUUCGUGGGCCCAUGUUGUUCCAUCAGUAGCGGUGGUUAGUGUGUUUCCGCUCUGAUUACGCCCGGCGUAGCGUCUUUAUGCGUAUCCCCAUUCCCGCGAGGCAAUAUUACGUUGUCUGUUUGAUUAUGUAAAUUUUAAUAAACCGAUCAAUAAACAAUUGUGGCCGGAGAUUGUGUUUACCGAUGUCCACUAAUCGUACUGGA